UGGUUCAUAGUAGGCUAUGCCAGUACACUCUCGGAUCUAUAGGCCACAGUGUGAAUACAGACAGUAUUGUUAGUAUAAACAUGUAACAUAAGACUGAGCUUUUUAAUCAGAGUCAUUAAAUAAAUCAAGUCAUUCCUGUAAACUCAGAGUGAACGUUUUAGAAAAUAGGCUGUAUCCUUUAAAUAGCUUUCAACAGCACCAUUAACACAACUGAUCAUUAACAUGAAGCUGGUGUAAUAAAGCAAUGUGUUGUUAACAGUUAUGCAAUGCUCUGUUACGUUGUCUGAUUGUCUUUGUAAAUUUCCAAGACUACCUCACUGAAUACACAAUAUAGACACUAGUAACAAGAUUAUUCUGAAAAUGAUCAAUAAAUGCACAUUUUAAUUUAAAAGAACUGAUUGCGUGUAAUAAAAAGUAAAACUAAGUAUUUUUGUUGGUAUAUAAUAAAACCCUUUGAUGAAGAAUCGCACAUACAUUAUACAAUAUAUUUAUCACAUGCACUCACAUUAAGAGUCAUUGAAUGUUGAUAUCAGCCAGAUAACCAAAACAAAACAUAAACAGUACAUCUUAUGAAUAUUAAUUAAUAUAUAAUAUGAAAUAUUACAACAUUUUAAAAAGUAUAACUGGAUUUACUGAUAAUUGAGAGUCAUGCACCAAAAUCUUUGGCACUCAGUAGAUGAAGUUACCCUAUGAAGUAAGUUUCCAUCCAAGUUAGUUUCCACUGCACAAAUGUGCAUGCAGAGGGCGAGAAUCUCUCUCUCUCUCUCUCUCUCUCUCUCUCUCUCACACACACACACACACACAAACACAUACACUGUGGGUGGGUGUGUGAUGGUGAGAUAUUUCUCUCUUUUUUGGUUUGGCAAGGUUUGAAACAGUUCAUUACAAUUAAUCUCAUCAUGAUUUCGUUAUUCAUAGUUUUGCUGAUUAUCCUCAAGUACCAAACUGCUGAAGGUUUGGUUAACCCUGCUCUUAUAGUAUUCAAGGACAUAGGGCAAAAUGUGACCAUCCACAGCCGUGACAAAGAAAUAUCGCUUUAUGACACAUCCGUCAGCUGGUACCAUCUGAGACCGAGUGGAAAGAUGGAGCAAAUAACUAAUUUCUACCCUUACAAGUUAAAGGACGGUCGUUACAGGGGAGAGCUUCGCGUGGACUCUAAGGAUGCGCAUCUAACCGUCUCCAGUGCAACAAUCGGCGACUCCGGACGCAGCUUCGCCGCGGUGUUUUCUGAAAAAGACUUAAAACUGGGUUCCUCCACAGUUGUAGCCGUAAUAGAUCCCAAGAGCCUCCCUGUAAUGCGUGUCUUCCUCGGUUGCACAGGAACCAUUCUAUGUGAAUUGAAAGGCGGGGGUCCACACUGGAGUGAUCCUCAGUGGGAAACAGAUGAUGCCAAUGACGGGCUGACGUUGUCGGAGGCCAAAGCUAAAACUUUUGUAGAUGAGCACGGCGCAUUCAUACAGUCCUCCAUCCUCUCUUUGAAAGACAGGAUCCAUGGUUUGAACUGUGUAUGUAGGCACAGCACUGGAGUCAUUAUUCGAACCCGGGUCAUGCAAGAUAAUGCUGCUUCAGGCAAGGAUCAGUGCCAGCUGCUGCGGUACCUAUUUCCCCUGGCUGUGGUGCUGCUGCUGGUGACUGUGACAGCCAGUGUGCUGUGGGCCUGAAGACGGAGGAAGCAGAGCCCUAUAGCACAGGGAAUGGACAGCACUGACAGGAUCUAAAGGAGUGGCAUAUGUUAGGAAGCUGGAUUUGAAACUCAGGGGUUGUAGGUUUCAUUCCGCAAUGGGACUCUACCACUGUACUUUGGCACAAUGUGCCUGCACUGUUUCAGUACACAUCCAGCUGUAAAAAUGGAUUGAGUGUUCACAGAAAGUCAUUUCAUCUGACAAGAGCAUCUGUUGACUGCAUAAAAUGCAAUGGGGCUUGAAGGAGUUUUAUUUAUUCAUGUAUUUUUGAACUUGUGUUUUUACAAGCAACUUAUUUGUGUAUGGUGAAGAGUCAUGACAUCAUAGUUUGCAGAUUACAUUUUUUUGUUCCAUAUUUUGGCCCCCUAAACUUGUACUUGAAUGUUUAGAGGAUAAUGCUCUCCAGUUUCAUUAUGUUCUUUACUAACCACUAGAGAUAUAUUUUUAUUUAUAUGUGGGUACCCCACUGUUAUUGGUAGAAGAUAAAAUCUUUCUGUCCAAUGAGUUUUACACUCUGAUAUUACAUAGGAUUAAGUUUGAAUGAUUUGACUCAAUUGUUUUAUUGGCCUACUUUUCUGUUAAAUGUAUAUGUUGUACAAUUGUGUUGUACAUUAUAUUUUACUUGUGACAAACUUAUUGCAACUGAAUUAAAUAAAAAGCUUGACUGGAGGAGAUCAUAAUGAUUGAAAAAACUCAUUUUCAAACUGUC